AUGGACUUUGACCCAUCUGAAAUUCACAAUUAUCUCGACUCUCUUUUCAAGUCAAGAAUCGUCAUAAUUGAUGGUGCGAUGGGGACAAUGAUUCAGAAACACAAGCUUAAAGAAGCAGACUAUCGUGGAGCCCAAUUUAUAGAUCAUCCUCAAGACCUAAUGAACAACAAUGACAUUCUGAGCAUAACCCAACCUUCAAUAAUCGCCAAUAUUCACCGUCAAUAUCUAGACUCAGGUGCUGAUAUAAUCGAAACAAACACAUUUAAUGGGACAUCUGUUGCCCAACAAGAUUUCGGGACCCAAAAUUACGUCAAAGAAAUCAACCUCGCCGCAGCAAGACUCGCACGUGAAGUCGUCGAUGAAUUUUCAUCAAAAAACCCUUCACAUAGAAGAUUUGUCGCUGGAGCCGUCGGCCCGACCUCAAAAACAGCAUCCUUAAGCCGAAAUGUGGAUGAUCCUUCACAGCGUGACGUAACAUUUGAUGACCUUGUUGAGUCUUAUUUCGAACAAAUUCAAGCUUUAGUAGAAGGUGGAGUACACAUAAUUUUGGUAGAAACAAUUUUUGACACUUUAAACGCAAAAGCCGCAUUAUUUGCAUAUGAAAAAUACUUUACUAGUAAGCCAAAAUUGCCGUUAAUGAUAUCAGGGACUAUAAGUGAUAUGAGUGGCAGAACCCUUUCAGGGCAAACCGUAGAAGCCUUUCUUAUUAGUGUGAUGCAUUCCAAGCCUUUGUGCAUUGGGCUGAACUGUGCAUUAGGCGCUACCAAAAUGAAAGCAUUUUUAGAAAACUUGUCAAGAAUAGCUCCAUUUUAUGUCCACGCCUAUCCUAAUGCAGGGCUUCCUAAUGAAAUGGGAGAGUAUGACGAGACUGCUGAUCAAUUUGCUUCAAAUGCAAUGACAUUUAUCACUGAUAAACUUGUCAAUAUGAUCGGCGGUUGUUGUGGUACAACUCCUGAGUAUAUUCAUGCUUUGAAAACUGCUAUUGAAAGUUCAGGCGUCCAUCCACGUGAAAUCCCGAAGCCAUCAGGUAAAUUAAUGCUUUCUGGGCUUAAAGAAUUUAUUUUAACAGAAAAUAUCCCUUUUGUAAACAUAGGAGAAAGAUGCAAUAUUUCUGGGUCGCUGAGGUUUAAAAAGCUGCUAGUCACAGAAAAUAACUUCGCUGGAGCUUUAAAUGUUGCCAGAGAUCAAGUAACAAAUGGAGCACAAGUUCUUGAUAUAAAUGUGGACGAAGGUAUGAUAGACAGUGUGGAAGUUAUGAGCAAGUUCUUAAAAAUGCUUACAAGCGACCCUGAUAUCGCUUCUGUGCCACUUAUGAUAGAUUCUUCGAAUUUUAAGGUGAUUGAAGCAGGACUAAAAGUCUGCCAAGGCAAAUGUAUUGUAAAUUCCAUAUCUUUGAAAAAUGGAGAAUCAGAGUUUUUAGAACAGGCUGGAGUUUUAAGAAAAUAUGGAGCUGCUGUUGUAGUUAUGGCGUUUGAUGAAACAGGCCAAGCGACAGAAAUUGAGCAUAAAGUCAGAAUCUGUGAGAGAGCUCAUGAAUUGUUAACAAAAACCCUUGAUUUCCCUCCUGAAGAUAUCAUUUUCGACCUGAACAUCCUCACAAUUGCUACAGGUAUGGAUGAGCACAACCCAUAUGCAAGAAAUUUUAUCGAGGCUACCAAAGCUAUCAGACAAAGGUUCCCUCAAUGCCACGUGAGUGGCGGCCUAAGCAACCUUUCUUUCAGUUUCCGAGCUUUAGCCCAGUUCCGUGAGCAAAUGCAUGCAGUUUUUCUCUAUCAUGCAAUUCAUGCCGGAAUGGACAUGGGGAUUAUAAAUGCCGGAGCUUUGCCUAUAUAUGAAGAUAUUCCUGCAGAUUUACGUAAAAUAUUUGAGGAGAUCAUUUUUAAUGAGUCUGAGGAUGGAAAACACGUCGAAAGGGUUAUUGAGUAUGCAGAAAAUUUGAAGAAAAACAAGACAAAACAGACCACAGAGAAAAAAGAAGCUGAAUGGAGAUCAUUGCCUUUACCUGAAAGGCUGAGAUAUUCAUUGGUAAACGGUCUGUCAGAAUUCAUUGAAAAAGAUCUACAAGAAGCAUUAGGAGAAUACCCAGGACCACUCAAUAUUAUAGAAGGUCCUCUAAUGGACGGAAUGUCUGUUGUAGGUGAUUUAUUUGGAGCUGGAAAAAUGUUUUUGCCUCAAGUUAUCAAGUCAGCCAGAGUUAUGAAGCAAGGAAUUGCACAUCUUGAGCCAUUAAUGCUUCGAGGUGAAAGCCAAAAAAAGAGCGGUGUUAUUCUUAUGGCGACUGUAAAAGGGGAUGUCCAUGAUAUAGGAAAAAAUAUUGUAGGUGUUGUAUUAAGAUGCAACAAUUAUGAAGUCAUUGAUUUAGGCGUCCAAGUUUCAUGGGAAACUAUAAAAGAAACCUUAAAAACUCACCAUAUCGACGUCAUCGGAUUGUCAGGGCUUAUAACUCCUUCUCUAGAACAUAUGGUAAACUAUGCAAAGCAUAUGGAAUCUGGCGGCAUGACCAUUCCUUUAUUGAUAGGAGGUGCAACUACUUCUAAAAUCCACACAGCUGUAAAAAUUUCCCCUAAUUAUUCCCACCCAGCUGUUCACGUUUUAGAUGCUUCUAGAUCAGUUGGAGUAAUCUCAGCCCUAUUGGAUCCCAAUUUAAAGAGAAGUUUCUACUCAGAAAUCAAAGAAGAAUAUGACGAAAUCCGUAAGGACUAUUACGCAACUCAAAAGGAAAAAAAAUUUAGAUCAUUAAAAGAAGCAAAAUCUAAUAAAUUUGAAAUAAAUUGGGCUAAAUACACCCCAGUGCAGCCUAGAGUUGAAGGGGUGACUGUGAUUGAUGAUCAAGAUUUAAAUGAAUUAAUAGAAUAUAUUGACUGGGGUCCUUUCUUUUCUGUGUGGCAAAUAAGAGGAAGAUACCCAAAUAGGUCAUUUCCAAGGAUUUUUAAUGAUGCCAAGGUAGGAGAACAAGCUAAGCAGCUUUAUGAAGAUGCUCAAAAAAUGCUGCAAGAAAUAAUCAAAGGGAAAUUAUUACUCGCUAAAGGAGUUUAUGGGAUUUUCAAAGCAAAAGCUGUAGGAGAUGAUAUAGAGGUCUAUAAAGGUGGCGAAACUUUUAAGUUUUUCACCUUAAGACAGCAAGAAAUUUUGGCUGCAGAUGGGCCGAAUCAAGCUUUAAGCGACUUUGUAUCGCCAAUUGAAGACUAUUUUGGAGCUUUUGCAGUGACAGCAGGGCUGAACUGUGACGAAAUCUCUCAAAAAUACGAAGCAGAAAUGGACGACUAUAAGAGCAUCAUGAUCAAAGCCCUCGCUGACCGUCUUGUUGAAGCCUUUGCAGAAAUGCUGCAUAAAAAGGUAAGAAAUGAGUAUUGGGGUUAUUCUUCUUCAGAAAAUUUGUCAACAGAAGAAUUGAUUCAUGAAGAAUACCAAGGGAUAAGGCCAGCUCCAGGGUACCCAGCCCAGCCAGACCAUUCAGAAAAGUUAACUCUAUGGAGACUGCUUGAUGUGGAGACCAAUACCAGCAUAAAACUGACAGAAUCUUUGGCUAUGCAUCCAGCUGCUUCUGUAUGUGGUCUUUAUAUUUCUCACCCACAAGCUAGAUACUUUGGAGUCGGACAGAUAUGUGAGGACCAAAUACAAGAUUAUGCCUCAAGAAAAGGAGUCUCAGUAGAAGAAAUCAAGCAAUGGCUUUAA